AUGUACCUUUUCAUGGCAUACGAAGAGUCGGGAGUGCAUCAUGCUCAAGAGUUCGAAAAUAGGUUUUGGACUAUCUUUGCAUUGCUAUUGAGUACGGCACUUUUUUUCGCUCGGGAUUCGCCACUAGCUUUCGGUUUGUGGAGUCCGACGCUUGGAUUCAUCGGUGUUCUGAUAUCUGGAUAUGCGAUGCAUCUGUGGGACAGAUACUUACAUCGGCUGGCUAUUUCGCAACAAAUUCGGAAUCUGGGCAUGCGGCGGUCUACAACGGCGAAUUCGUCACUGAUGCGACUCAAGGACUUGGGCAUCCCAGUGGAAGAUCAACUAGCUCGAAUUAACACAUGCUUGCAGGAUAUUGAUCAGCUUUUGAUUCCUUCUACAAUCAACAAUUUCAUAAAUCAGCGGUUUAUCUUCACAAAAGAACAGGAAAUUAUCAGCGUGUUUGAAGAGUGUGACGCUCGAGCUCUGAACUAUCUUGUUUCACACGUCAAGCUUGGGCUACUAUUUUACAAGAUCAAAGAUCAUCGGAGUUUUAAUGGGAAGCAUCGAACAGCUCUCGUCACUCUUUUAGCUGUCGAGCGUUUGCCCAUUUUGACCAUCGUCUCACGAGUCAUUGUGCUGCAUAGCUUGCAAUUACUCAAGCUUCGGGCCAAUCCGAAAGCUGAAUUUUGGGUCCGGAAUAUUCUUCUGAACACUCAUCAAGACAACCUUUCCGAGCUCAAAACACUCACAGAUACCAAGGGCGAUUACUUCUGUAUGAACAAACUAAUAUACGAUGAUAUUCGCUCUGAAACCACACGACAAGACAUUCUCAAUCAUAUUCGUCGGGAAGCUGCCGUUCAGCAGACUCAUAUUCAAAUGGGGACGAGGCGCUUGACGAAAUACCGCAUGCACGGGCAAUUUCGGAAAGUCCUCUCUGACGUCGAUGAUACUCUAUAUUGUAGCGGGGGAAUGUACCCCGCUGGAGUUGACAAAAGAUAUCCGAAAAAGGCUGUGUACCCUGGUGUCUUGGCCUUUUACCGUGAAUUGGACCUCGGCACACAAGGACCUGAAGAAUGGCAAGACGAGCACGUGGGAAACUUGGUUUUCUUGUCUGCUCGUCCACAUGUAUAUAAAGAUAUGAGCGAAAAAGCGAAUUUUGCUAAGUUUGAGAAGCUUAGAGCUCAAGGCGCAGAUGGCCGCAAAGGCAUGCACACUGUCCCAAGCUUGCUCGCUGGAGACCUGGCGUCAGGCACAUCAUACAUGGUAACGAACGACUUUGAGCCACUAGCGCAGAAAAAAUUUGACAACUUUCGACGCUAUGUUUCUAUAUACCCAGAGUACCAACAUGUGUUUGUCUGUGACAAUGGACAAGGUGACGUGAGAGCCGGCGAGCUUAUGUUUGACAGUUUCCCUUACGAGUUUCAGUCGCUAUACGUCCAUGUCGUUAUGCCUAUUGAAAAGACCCACGGAUACUCUCCACAACGGUGGCGCCAGAAGGAGUUUAUGCCGCAUUUUUUUAGAACCUAUCCGGAAGCGGCUCUUCAUGCUGCAAGCCGAAAUCCGCCACUAAUACGGCUAGGGGGGCUUCAGCGCAUCUGUCGUGAUGCUGUAAAGGAUUUUGAGCAAAUAACAAACUGGUCAACUGAAGCUAUGAAAGCGGAGCGAAGACUCGAGUUGAACCAAGCUGUUUGGCGAGCGAAUUCUUUUUUGGAAUGGCAUUAUUUAGACCAGGUUGAACUCAUUAAAGCAGAGUGUCGUUGGACGUUGGGACAAAGAGUACGGACCCCAUAUGGCAUUGGGAUAAUUCUCGACUUUGACCCUGUUUUUGAUCUAUACGGAGUCGAGCUGGACUGGAGGCCUCUCGAUAUUCAGGUUAUCGAACACUUGAAGAAUCCUAGCAGCUCCAUCAUUCGACCAAAAGAAAUAGCAACAUCUAGUGGUCUUGGAGCCAAAAGAUCUCUUUCGACUGUAGUUGAAAUGGAAAGCGAAGAAGCUGAUGACGAAGCUACAUUGCAAAUAAGUGUCGGUUUGCAUCUUCCAAAGCGUCAAGAGGUUGGUGAGCCGAGUGCUGAGAGGCCCAUAACUGACCGGCAACGGUCUGAUAGAUCAAGAAUAUCCACUCGAAAGGCAUUGGGCACAAAUGUUUUGUCUGAAAAUGGUAACGUCCAGCAACAAAGAAGAGAAGUAGAAUCCUCUAUUCCAAAUGACUUCCAACGUUUGAACCAGGAAACUAAAGCCAAGGCAAUAUCAGUAAAGGCACGAAUCGGUGGAAGAUUUAUCUCUAAGCUUACUCCUCCUGUGCUGCCAAAGAUCGACAAGGAGAAGGGUCGAUCUAUUUUUACAUUUCUUGCUCCUGUUCAGGGUUCAGUACCUUUGGCUUUCAAGGAAGGUGACGAAUGCACAACACCGUUUGGACCGGCUAGGGUUGCUCAAUACCGGAGCAAGAAUGAGAUUGUCGUCGUUGACUUCAUUGGUUGGUAUGCCGUAGGUUAUCUUGCUCAGCAAGAUGUGAAGGUUAUUCCUAAGAGUCUACUCAGAUCUCUCUUUCGACAAAUGAGCGCUAGCGAGGGAUCGCAACGGCCUGUUGACUAUUCUUCCUCUGACGGGACUGUAAUAGCAACUCCUUUUGGACUGGGGAGCGUUGUUCGCCCCGUUGCUCCUCCCGGAAGAGACACUAAGCGAGCAGUAUCGCCUACAGUUCGAAUACGCUUAGAAAGUUGGACCCUUGCGAAUGGCAACCAUCCAGAAUUAUACUGCACAGUAGAAAACGCAGAAGAAUGGAAGAAGAGCAAGUCAGAUGAGACUAAGUCGAUCUUUUCGGCCCUUGAAAACUUAGUUACAUCGUCGAGAACGCUUUUCGAACCAUUCCUGAGCAACAAAACUCCGACCAAAAUCGAACCGAAAUUUGAGCAGUACUACAAAGAUUCAGCUUCUGUAACUACAAUUUUUGGAGAAGGGGUAGUACACCGUUUUAGGUCAAUUGAUGGGUUCUAUGAGGUUCAUCUUACCCGGUGGAUGCUCGCAAGCAAUAAGUGCGCUACAGCUUUUCUUCGGAGAGAAAGCAUCAAUUACAGGAUCGCAAAUGGUUGCAAAGAGGGUUACCCCGUGCUGACUACUUUGGGGGCUUCCGGGACAUUGGCAUCCGUUGACCCCACUACAGGUGUGCAUAUCGUGACCGUCCCUACUGCAGGAAUGAUUUGCUAUUUGCAGCCAGACCACAUAGCACGUUCGCUGAAAGCGGCCGUUGGAGAGAAUGUGUUGACCGCCUUUGGUGAGGGAAAGAUUGAAACUUACAGUUUACAGAAUGAUACGUAUACGAUUAUAUUGGCUGGCUGGAGAGGAAAGCUUUUCGCGAAGGAAGUAUCAUUCGAGCGAGUUGGGGAUGGUGUCCAAGAUCGCGAUGGCCCUUUUGGUUUCGGCAAGAGGCCCUCGAAGUCGAAGCAACAGCCUCAUCGGUGGAAGUCAGAGUAG